AUGUCCCGCCUCUUCCGCGACUCCCGCCGCGACUCCGCCACAUCCUCCUCCUCCAAUGGCUUCGCACCCGCGGCCGCAGUCUCCCCCGCCCCGUCCGCGCUCCCGUCGCCGUUCCCGGACCUCGGCGUGCCGCUCUCCGCGGCCGAGCUCCGCGAGGCCGCCUACGAGGUCCUCGUCGCCGCGUCCCGCACCACCGGCGGCAGGCCCCUCACCUACAUCCCCCAGGCGGCGCCCGCGUCCCCCGCCUCCUCCGCGUCCUCCGCCACCAGCUCCUCCCCGUCGCUCCAGCGCUCCCUCACCUCCGCCGCCGCCAGCAAGAUGAAGAAGGCGCUCGGGCUCAAGUCCUCCGCCUCCUCCAAGGGCGGCAGCCCCGGGAGCGGCGGCGGCGGGGCCAAGGCGGCCCCGCGCCGGCCGGCCACCGUCGGGGAGCUCAUGCGGGUGCAGAUGCGCGUGUCCGAGCCCGCCGACGCCAGGAUCCGCAGGGGCCUCCUCCGCAUCGCCGCCGGCCAGCUUGGCAGGCGUGCGGAAGCUAUGGUUUUACCAUUGGAAUUCCUGCAGCAGUUCAAGUCAUCAGAUUUCCCUGAUCCUCAAGAACAUGAGGCAUGGCAGGCUAGGAACUUGAAGCUUAUUGAGGCUGGUUUGCUGGUUCACCCUUUUGUUCCAUUGAACAAAUCAGACAGUUCUGCACAGCGGCUGAGGCAAAUCAUACGUGGAGCUUAUGAUAGGCCACUUGAAACUGGGAAGAACUCCGAAUCAAUGCAGGUCUUACGCACUGCUGUCAUGUCCCUUGCUGGAAGAUCACAUGACGGAACUUCUGAUGGGUGCCACUGGGCAGAUGGAUUUCCCUUGAAUCUCCAUCUAUACCAAAUGUUGUUAGAAGCUUGCUUUGAUAGUGACGAUAGCACUGUGGUUGAUGAGAUUGAUGAGGUGCUAGAGCUCUUGAAGAAGACCUGGGGCAUUCUUGGAAUUAGCCAAAUGCUUCACAAUCUUUGCUUUGCUUGGGCAUUGUUCAAUCAUUUUGUUAUGUCAGGACAAGUAGAUAUUGAACUGCUUUCUGCUGCAGAGAAUCAGUUGGUUGAAGUUGCAAAGGAUGCCAAAACCACUAAGGAUCCUAAUUACUGUAAAGUAUUGAGUUCGACAUUAAGCUCUAUAAUGGGUUGGACAGAAAAAAGACUUCUGGCUUACCAUGAAACAUUUGGUGCAAGUAACAUUGAGUCCAUGCAAGGUAUUGUCUCAAUCGGAGUGUCAGCUGCAAAGGUGCUUGUUGAAGAUAUAUCCCAUGAAUACCGCCGUAGGAGGAAAGAAGUGACCGAUGUAGCUCGCAGUAGGAUAGAAACAUACAUAAGGUCUUCACUUCGUACAGCUUUUGCUCAAAGAAUGGAAGAAGCAGAUUCAAAGCGAUCAUCAAGGAACCCUACCCCAGUGAUGUCUAUCCUUGCAAAGGACAUCGGUGACCUAGCAAUUAAGGAGAAAAAUAUGUACAGUCCAAUAUUGAAAACAUGGCAUCCCCUUGCUUCAGGAGUUGCUGUUGCAACACUUCAUUCAUGUUUUGGUAAUGAACUGAAGCAGUUCAUAGCUGGGCUUACAGAGUUAACCCCAGACACAGUUCAAGUGCUCAAGUCUGCAGACAAAUUAGAGAAGGAUCUUGUUAAUAUUGCUGUUGAAGAUUCUGUGGAUAGUGAUGAUGGAGGCAAGUCAUUAAUCAGAGAGAUGCCACCAUAUGAAGCUGAAAAUGCAAUUGCUAAUCUGGCGAAAGUGUGGAUAAAAGAAAGGGUGGAUAGACUCAAGGGAUGGGUUGACCGGAAUCUGAAGCAAGAGACAUGGAACCCAGGUGCCAACAGAGAUAAUUUUGCUCCCUCGUCUGUGGAGAUGCUUCGGAUUAUUGGUGAAACACUAGAUGCAUUUUUCCAAUUGCCCAUACCAAUGCAUCCAGCUCUUCUUCCUGAUCUGACAGCUGGUCUGGAUAGAAGCCUACAACUUUAUGUUUCCAAAGCAAAAUCUGGCUGCGGAUCACGGAAUACUUUUUUGCCUGAACUACCUCCAUUAACGCGGUGCGAGGUUGGCUCAAAAUUGUUAUUCAAGAAAAAGGAAAAGCCACAGAAUCCGCAGCAUCGAGUAUCACAAAAUGGAUCAACCAAUGGAACUGAUGGAUUGGGCCUUCCUCAACUCUGUGUACGCUUGAAUACACUCCAGUACAUCCGAAGCGAGCUGGAGAACCUAGAGAAGAAGAUUAAAACAUGCUUGCGAAAUGUUGAGUCAGCUCAGGCAGAUAUUACUGAUGGACUGGAUGUUAAGUUUGAACUCUGUCAGGCAGCCUGUCAAGAAGGUAUACAACACUUAUGUGAGACGACUGCUUACAAGGUCACCUUCUAUGACUUGGGCCAUAUUUUGUGGGACAUCCUUUAUGUUGGUGAUACUGCAUCAAGCAGGGUAGAGUUAUUGUUGAGAGAGCUUGAUCCUAUCCUCGAGACAAUUUCUAGUACGGUGCACAUCAAAGUGCGAAAUCGUGCCAUAACAGCGUUGAUGAAAGCCACCUUUGAUGGUUUCUUGCUGGUUCUUCUUGCUGGUGGGCCUUUGCGUGCUUUUACCAGCGAGGACUCUAAGAUAAUAGAGGAUGACUAUAGGUCCCUCAGAGAUCUGUUUUUAGCUGAUGGAGAUGGUCUGCCAGAGGAAUUGGUCGAUAAGGCGUCCUCCCAGGUCAAGAAUGUCCUGCCCCUCCUACAAGCAGACUCAGAAAGCCUUAUUGGGCGAUUUAAGCGCAUGAUGGCCGCGUCUGCCUCCAAGGGUAAAUUGCCGUUGCCACCUACUACGAUGCAAUGGAGUCCAAAUGAACCGAACACAGUCUUGCGAGUUCUGUGUUACCGACAUGAUGAGGCAGCUACAAGGUUCCUCAAGAAAACCUAUAACCUUCCCAAGAAGCUUUGAAACAUGGGAUUGCUCACAAACUGUACAUUUUCAGCCACUGCUGUCAUGAGACUUGUUAAGGAUUCUGUACGGCGUGACCUGUGAGAAACACCAUUGUAAAGGUACCACAACGGAGAGAAGGUGUUACUUGUGUUUUAUUUUCUUUCUUUCCUUUUUUUGGGGUGGGGUACGGGGGUACUUACAGCUCUAUUUUGUUGAUUACUAUUUUACAUGUGUCUCUGAUCCAGUUCUUUUGCUGACCUUCGCCAUUGUGCUACCGAGUGUGUAACUUAUAUAUCUUCAUUCAUUCUAGUUUGCAACAGGUAUAUGCAUCUUGUGAAUAAGUUCUGUAUUUUGUA